CCGUGUUUGGCCUGUGGGCGGCGGUGUUGAGUGAGCUCAGCGGUCUCCCAGCAACAGCAUGUAAAUAACCCGGUGGUUUUCCCCCUCUCCGGACUGAAGCGCAUGGAGAGCAGGAGGAAUGAGUGAGACGCUGGUUUGAACCUGGUUAUUUGAUGGAUUAAUUGAAGGGAAGCGUUAAUUCAUCCCAGAGACAGGACCCGAGGCCAAACUACAGAUCAUACAGACAGCUGAUGGUUGCUGGCUAGCCAAUGGGGCUGUUUGACAGGUUGGCGGGAUGGCUGGGGUUGAAAAAGGAGGUGAAUGUUCUGUGUCUGGGUCUGGACAACAGCGGAAAGACCACAAUCAUCAACAAACUCAAGCCCUCCAAUGCCCAGGCACAAGACAUCGUCCCAACCAUUGGUUUCAGCAUAGAGAAGUUCAAGACCUCCAGUCUUUCCUUCACAGUGUUUGACAUGUCAGGUCAAGGCAGGUACAGAAACCUCUGGGAGCAUUACUACAAGGAAGGUCAGGCGAUCAUAUUUGUCAUUGAUAGUGCAGACAAACUGAGGAUGGUUGUUGCCAAAGAAGAACUGGACACAUUACUAAAUCAUCCAGAUAUUAAACACAGGAGGAUCCCCAUCCUUUUCUUUGCAAACAAGAUGGAUGUCAGGGAGGCUCUGUCGUCAGUCAAGGUCUCCCAGCUGCUCUGUUUGGAGAACAUCAAAGACAAACCCUGGCACAUCUGUGCCACAGAUGCUCUGAAAGGAGAAGGUUUACAGGAGGGAGUCGACUGGUUACAAGAUCAAAUCAAAACAAUGAGAACAUGAGGGCCAGAGAGAACACGCUGGAAGAAACAGCAUCUGUUAAAGUCUGUCAUGUAAGAUGUGUUGACCUUGUUUUCAGAAGUACAGAAAUAUAGUAAUGUUUUUAAUGAGGAGUUGAGGUGGUUCUUGGAUUUUUGUGGUUCACUGGGACAAUCAAAGCCCAUGAUCUCAUUCUGUGGUACCAGUUAGAACAAUACAAAUCCCAGGUUAAUGAGAAACAUACAAGUCAGGGAGUUCAAUUUGGGCAAAUUCUCAUUUUCCAUCAUAUCUUUUUGAUUUUAAAUUAAUAAAUACAGCCGUUUAAAAGGAGCAGUAACAUGUCAACAUUUACUUCUAUUGACAUUAUCCCUCCCAUUCCUUGCUUUAAACAGUCAUUGUGGUUGGUGCUGUCUUUCUUCUAAGGAGCAUGAAUACCUAGGAUGUCUUGUAGAGAAGACAAACAUGUUAGUUGCUGUGUUAUGUGUUAGCUCUCAGAGGCAAGAAUCACCUCCUCAAGCACAUUAAAAACAACUGUUACUAUGGUAUAGCUCCAAAGACUUGACACAGCUCUGCUCCUGUUUCGUUAACAUCGAUCUUUUUUUUUAGUAGUUGUGAAAAUAUAUUUUCCAUACUGAAGGUUAUAAUUUUAGUCAGUUAAAUGUUGUAUGGGAUGCUGUAGAUUCUGUUGUACAUAUUGUUACUUGUGGCUAAGUAAAUAUAAAUAAUACUUAACUUAGCUGGAACAAGUGAUGAAUGAUUGUCAAGUUAGUUUGCCUGAUUUUCAACUAGUUUUUAUAUUUGCCUUAUUUCCUUUUUCAAAGAAAAACACUGUUUUCAAACAAAAUACUUCAUAUAGUUAAUUUAAGUAUAUAAUCUCAAACAAAAUAUCUGCUCAGUCUCCUCAUGAUGCAAACUAUUGGUCCUCUUCUUUAGUCUGGGGCCGAAAGCUUGAUUUGAAAAUGUACAGAGUGCAGUUGCUUCUUUUUCUGUCUGAUGGCGUUUGCCAAGCUCAUCACUUAGACCUUAGCCAUAUAGCAAGGAGUAGCUUUGAGUCAAAAGUAAAAGUGAUUUAUUGUAAAUAUUUUGUAGUAACAUAAAUGUUUCAUCUGUAAAUCCCAUUUAAAUCCUACAGAUAUCACAAACUGCAGAAGAUACAACUUGUUUUUUUCCCCACCACAAACACUUGACACUGACUUGAGACAUAAAUAUGAGGAUAAGAUUAAUGACUGGAGUUUUUACAGCGCUGUUCACUUUUCAUGGUUCCAAAUACAGUAGAAUGUAUGAGAGUGGAUGGGACAUGAUCCCUGUUUGUUUUUUUGAAUUUAGUUUUGUAUGUUAAUUAUGUUACAUUCAUAUCAGACAUGUGUUUUUAUACCACUGGGUGACACCCAAGUCCUAAACAUUUAAUUCCUACUUGUACAGGCUUUAAGGGGCGACAGUGAUUCUGGAAUGUGUUCUCUAUUUGUAAUUGGAGGACAUUUCCAAGUGGUGAUUUACAUUUGGUCAAACUUUUUCUUUUUCAAAUCCUCCAGACAUUGUAUUUAAAAACAAGGAGCACAAGUUCACUUUAGCUAUAGAUUGUUUCCUCACAAUGUACCAUCACAUGAGCUUUAUGUAUUUUGAUUAUUACACUGUAUGUGUAAUAAAUAGUAAAUGCAAAACUAAAUAAAUCAUGUUUCGUGUUUUC